UUGUACGUUCUAUUUGCCAACUUCCCAAGCAAAAAACUCUGUACUUUCUUCGUUUUCUUUCAAACGAAGAAAGUUUUCUUUCUCAUUUUGCCGGAAAAUCUCGCUUCCUAAUUUCCUGGGAAAUUUUCAAUUACAGUUACGUGCCUAAACAAUGCCUGUGUCUCUAGUAGCAAGCUGUAACUCUUUUCUUCAAAGAACCUUCAUGGGUAUAUGCAGUUCACAAUAGUUUGAAGAUACUAUUGCACCGCGGAAGAAGGCCAAGAUAUAUAUUUUUUUAUUAUUUCGAGAUAUUGUAAUUUGGGGGGAGUUGUCCUCUUGACAUCGAUUGGAAGGAAGAAACAAAACUGAGAAUCAGAGAAAAGAUAAGUUGUGUAAGCAUUCGGGAGGAAAAUCCCCAAUUUUUUUUUGUGCCAUGAAGUCUUCAAUGAAGUAGUUAUUAGCCUUGAUCAAGCACAUCGUAAUAUUGACAAAAUUUUGGAUCUUCUCGAUGGGAUGGAGAGGUGUUUUAUAUUCCUUACUUUUUCUUCUUCCUGUGGUUGAGUCAUCGUAUAGAUCAUGGAGAAUGUGGUUGCCAACCAUGGUUGCCGAGUCAGAGUCAGCUGUAGCCGUCAAAUGGCCAAUUUUCAGUGCAAGCAUAUUUGUUCUUGUUGCUCUUGUUCUCUCCAUGUAUCUUAUCUUUGAACAUUUAGCUGCUUACAAUCAGCCCGAGGAGCAGAAGUUCUUGAUUGGACUCAUUCUGAUGGUUCCUGUGUAUGCUCUUGAAUCGUUUUUGUCACUAUUGGAUUCAAAUGCUGCAUUCAACUAUGAAGUAAUUCGAGACUGUUAUGAAGCAUUUGCGUUGUACUGUUUUGAGAGAUACUUGAUUGCCUGCUUAGGUGGGGAGGAAAGUACAAUUGAGUUCAUGGAAAAGCAGACUAUAAUCACUUCCAGCAGCCCUCUUUUGGAAGAUUCAUAUGCAUAUGGAGUUGUAGCACAUCCUUGUCCAUUAAAUUGCUUUUUAAAGGACUGGUCUCUUGGUCCUGAGUUCUAUCAUGCUGUAAAAAUUGGCAUCGUUCAAUAUAUGAUACUGAAAAUGAUCUGUGCAGUACUAGCCAUGAUUCUUCAAACUUUUGGGGUCUAUGGAGAAGGGAAAUUUGAGUGGAGAUAUGGCUACCCGUACUUGGCGGUUGUUCUUAAUUUCAGUCAGACAUGGGCCUUGUAUUGUCUUAUACAGUUCUAUUCUGUUACUAAAGACAAGUUGGAACCAAUUAAACCAUUGGCCAAGUUUGUGACUUUCAAAUCUAUUAUAUUCCUGAGUUGGUGGCAAGGUGUUGCCAUUGCGUUUCUUUUUUCAAAUGGAGCUUUUAAAGGGUCUUUGGCUCAAGAAUUGAAAACACGAAUACAAGACUAUAUCAUCUGCAUUGAGAUGGGUAUUGCAGCUGUAGUGCAUCUUUAUGUCUUUCCAGCAGUACCUUACAAGCGUGGAGAAAGAUGUGUCCGUAAUGUAGCUGUUAUGACCGACUAUGCAUCUUUAGGAGCACCUCCAGAUCCUGAGGAAGUUCAAGACUGUGAAAGAUCUACAAGAAUGCGCAUUGCUCGACAUGAUGAGAAAGAAAAGCGCUUGAAUUUUCCACAGAGUGUUCGUGACGUUGUCCUUGGUAGUGGUGAAAUUAUUGUUGAUGACAUGAUGUACACUGUUUCACAUGUUGUUGAACCAGUUGAAAGGGGAAUGGCAAAAAUUAAUAAAACGUUCCAUGAGAUAUCUGAGAAUGUGAAACGCCAUGAAGAACGAAGGAGACGCUCGAAGGAUGACAGUUAUCUUAUCCCCUUGAAUUCAUGGACGAGAGAAUUUUCUGAAGUUCAGGAUAAAGCUCUUGAAGGGAGUUGUAGUGACAGUGGUAUGUGUAGUGGAAAGAAACCGCAUUAUCGAUCGAAAGCAUCAAGAACUAGAACAGGCAGCUGAUGCAUAAACCUUUCCAUCAUUUUUUUUUUCUGCAAGUUAAAUUCAGAAGGCGCUGCUAAUCUUAAUGCCAUUUUUUAAACAAGGCCUUACACAUUGGAAUAUAGGCAGAAAAUCUGAUUUCUUAAUAAUUUCUUUCCUUAUCUCUUCUUUUGCCUUGACUCUUUUUUAAGAUGGAAUCACUAUGUUGAAGAACCUGGGGAAACAAAGUUUGCUGCUUUCUAACCAGGAAAAUGUAUAGCGAAAACUCAGUCAUUCAGCCAUAUAUGGAAUUUGAUAUACUUUGCUGCAAAAAGAGGUACUGUACAGAAGUUUAAAUUUUGAAAAUAGAUUAAGUCAUUGGACUUAUUUUCA